CUGCAUGAGCUCCUUAAAGGACAAAGGUAACAGAGCGAGCGAGAGAGCUAGAAGGAAGACUUUGACUUUAAACCACAGAAUUGGUCGAAGUGUGUGCUACGCUGCUGCUGCUACUGCCACCGCUGUUCCGGCUCCCGUUCCUGCACCCGCUCCUGCUCUUGCUUUUGGUUGGUUUCAGAGCUCCCGGGUCCGGGAAGGUAGUGAGCUAACGCCGAAGAGCGGCGCUGGCUUGCAGCCGAGGUCGCUCAGGAUGGGCUCCGGGAGCCAGGCGCUGUCCAUGGUCCCAGCGGUUCCAGCCCUGACUCCUGCUGGGCUGCCUGUGUGGGCGCAGAACGACACUGAGCCCAUAGUCCUGGAGGGCAAGUGUUUGGUGGUAUGCGACUCCAAUCCGGCUACAGACGCCAAGGGCUCUUCCUCAUCUCCCCUUGGGAUCUCAGAUCGGGCAGCCAACUCCAGUGCCUUCUCCGCCGUGAGGAGCACCAACCACGAGCCAUCGGAGAUGAGCAACAAGACACGCAUUAUUUACUUCGAUCAGAUCCUAGUAAAUGUGGGCAAUUUUUUCACAUUGGAGUCUGUCUUUGUAGCACCAAGGAAAGGAAUUUACAGUUUCAGUUUUCAUGUAAUCAAAGUCUAUCAGAGCCAAACAAUCCAGGUUAAUCUGAUGCUAAAUGGAAAACCAGUAAUUUCUGCAUUCGCCGGAGACAAGGAUGUUACACGUGAAGCUGCUACUAAUGGAGUCCUACUCUACCUAGAUAAAGAGGAUAAGGUUUACCUGAAACUGGAGAAAGGUAAUCUGGUUGGAGGAUGGCAGUAUUCUACGUUUUCUGGCUUUCUGGUAUUCCCCCUAUAAAGUCUGAUUUCUCUGUGACAUCCAUCCAGGUGUGGAGCAGCCAAUUUCCUCUGUUAUUUGAAGAUCAUUUUUAUCGUCAUUGGAUUGAUGUUUCUUAUUGGUUUCUCAUGGGUGAAUAUGGAUUCUCUUUAAGGCUCUGGGGCCUGUCUGAACCAGUAGGAAGUUUCACGGAAUUUUUGUGUGUUUAAGUAUAUAUGGACUGAGAUUUUAAGCAGACAAUCCAUAUCUAUGCUUAUGUUAACAGUCAGAAGCUGCUUGCAAGAUUUAUUCAGAAUUUCAUUGACUGGACUUACCAGAGUCAUGGGAGGUGUGGAAUUUCAUGGUUUUAAAAGGACUGGCAACCAGGUCUAUAAAUUAGGACAAUUUGCAUUCCGACUUCAAUCAAGAAUUCGUGUCUUGCUGCCAAAGAACUGUUUAUUGAUCUGUUGGUUCUAUUUGUUUUUUUUCUUUUUUCCAAACUUUGUUUUGUUCUCCUGAGAUAACUGGCAAUUGUUAUUCAAUGACUGGUUUUGUGUCUUCUCUACAUGUAGAGUGUUGGAUGACUGACCCAUAUUUGUACCCUGAAUCAGUGAUCACAAAUACGACAGUUCUAAGAGGGAAAAGGGGGAUGCAUCAUAGUUGUAUUUUAAUUGUAUACAUGAAAGAUUCAUAUUUUCCAAGUUAUAUUUUAUAAUAUCAAGAAUAGAUCAUAAGUCUGACAAAGGAAAAAAUGUUGCUUACCCAUGUUCUGAGUGAUCAAUCCACAAGCCUUGGCAAAAUUAUGCUCCUCUGCAGGAAAUUGUAUACAUUAUUGUUCAACUUUAAUUAACAUGAUUGAUAAUAACCACUUUAUUAAAAGCCUAAGGGAUUUUUUCCUUAGACACAACCACUUUAUUAGGAGGAGAUGAGAUCCCCUUGUUUUUAAUUAUGUCUAUUUUUCAAACCUUCAGUUGUGUUCUAGGUAUCAUCUGGUUUUGCCUUAACUCCUCAAAUUGUAUAUACUUGUAGAUCAUAUGUUUAGCUAAUAUUAAAUCUAAGUAUCCCAUAUCUAAACUUGGUGCAAUAUCUCCUUGUCUUUUGUACAGGUCAUAUGAGUUCAUUCAUUUAUUUAUUAUGUCACUGUUCACAGAAUAAAGGUCAAUAUAUGUUA